CACAAAUCACUUGCACACUAGUGUCCAUUGUAUACCACUCCUAUGUCCAGUCUUUUAUAUUUGAUCCUCAAUAUACCUCUCUAUUUUAGGUUAUCUCUAUUCUCCAUGCUUUGGUAAGCACUAUCAGUGCAUUUGUCUCAUGGCCCUCACCACUGUACACUUGUUACCUAGCAACCAUUCCCUCGACACACUACGUCCACGUCGUCACGUGACCUUCUGUGAUCACUUCUGGGUCAGCACUGUACGGGAGAGGUUCGCUUACUAUUGGUAAGUACACCUUACACUUUUUCUAUACAGUUGCAAGAAAAAGUAUGUGAACCCUUUGGAAUGAUAUGGAUUUCUGCACAAAUUGGUCAUAAAAUGUGAUCUCAUCAUCAUCUAAGUCACAACAAUAGACAAUCACAGUCUGCUUAAACUAAUAACACACAAAGAAUGAAAUGUUGCCAUGUUUUUAUUGAACACACCAUGUAAACAUUCACAGUGCAGGUGGAAAUAGUAUGUGAACCCUUGGAUUUAAUAACUGGUUGAACCUCCUUUGGCAGCAAUAACUUCAACUAAACGUUUCCUGUAGUUUAAGCAGACUGUGAUUGUCUAUUGUUGUGACUUAGAUGAUGAUGAGAUCACAUUUUAUGACCAAUUUGUGAAGAAAUCCAUAUCAUUCCAAAGGGUUCACAUACUUUUUCUUGCAACUGUAUAAAACAAGGCAAUUCACAGUUAGGUAGCGAUCCCUCCACACAGCUCCCCAUUAACCAACAUCCGGCAUACACUACAUACAAAAUAGAAUAGGGGAUGAUCUGCUAAAUACAGAUAGAAUGGAAAAACAUAGCGUUUAACUGUGUGGGAGUGAGUAACACUAUUAAAUUUGCAAUUGGCCACUCACAAAGUUUAGGAUGGAAAACAGCUUUAAAUAUAAUCCUUUCUCCAGUAAUCACUGUGUUUUCUCCUCUUCACACUCCCAUCAGUGGAUUGGAAUAUAUAAUUCAAAAAGAGAAAUAUACAAAAAAUGUAGUGCACUUCCAGAAUGUAGUACAAAAAGAAAUUUAAUAACUUACAUAUAAGUAUAAAACAAAUGUGACCACUGGACGUCCUACACGUUUCGUCCUAAAUCUGGACUUCCUCAGGGACUCAGUGUAUCAGCAACAAUAAGAAUAUAGUUACACACAUCCAGCAUACACUGCCUGAUCCCGAUGGAUCAGCUGGGAAAUGUCCGGGGGAAGUGCCCACGGAUCAUUUAAUUAGGGCUGUUUGUCUUCACAACCUGUCAGCAUUGCCAUUCUGCUUACCGGGUCUUUAGGGAAUGGUAAAGUCAUAUGGUUGUAGGGCUAGGCUCCACCGGAGUGGCCUGGUAUUGUACCCUGUGAUCCGGUUAAGCCAGACCAAGGGUUUGUGAUCCCUGAGCAGGGUGAAUUGCUGUCCAUACAGAUAGGGCUGUAGCUUUUCGAGUGCCUACACCACCGCCAGGCACUCCUUCUCAAUGGCGGCGUAGCUUUCUUCCCUGGGCAGCAACUUCCUGCUGAGGUAAGCCGCGGGGUGUCCUCUGCCAUCAUCCCUGACAUGAUCCAAACAUGGAGGCAUCUGUGUGAACAAGAAAGCCUUUUCUGGGAUUAGGAGCAGCCAGGACAUUAUUAGUCAGGGCGUCCUUAAGGGCUUGGAAUGCCUGCUCACACUCUGGGGUCCACCGGACCUGUCCGGGCAAGGACUUUUUGGUCCGGUCGGUGAGGGGCUUUGCGAUGGCACUGUAAUUGGGAACGAACUUCCUAUAAUAGCCGGCAGUCCCUAGUAAAGCCAGCACCUGGAUCUUAGUGAAGGGAUGGGGCCAGCUAGCUAGGGCCUCCACUUUGGCUGGUUCGUGCUUCUGUGUCCCACAAUCCACCUGGUGUCCUAGGUAUUAAGAAUCGACCGAUAUUGAUUUUUUAGAGUCGAUACCGAUAAUUUGUGAACUUUCAGGCCGAUAGCCGAUAACUUGCCGAUAUUCUGUACAUUUACCAUUUUGAAAAAAUAAACUAUUUCUAAAGGUAAAAUCACAAAAUAUACAUGCCACAUGUAGUGGAUGCAGUGGGUUUAGACAGGGGAGCGGUGUGUGUAGUGUGUGUAUAUAAUGAAUGCAGUGAGUGUGUGUGUAGUGUGUGUAUAUAAUAAAUGCAGUGAGUGUUUGUGUAGUGUGUAUAUAAUGAAUGCAGAGUGUGUGUGUAGUGUGUGUAUUUAAUGAAUGCAGUGAGUGUUUGUGUAAUGUGUAUAUAAUGCAUGCAGUGAGUGUGUUUGUGUAGUGUGUAUAUAAUGAAUGCAGUGAGUGUGUUUGUGUAGUGUGUAUAUAAUGAAUGCAGUGUUUGUGUAGUGUGUAUAUAAUGAAUGCAGAGUGUGUGUAAUGUGCAUAAAGUGAAUGCAAUGUGUGUAAAGUGAGUGCAGUGUGUAGUGUGUAUAUAGUGAAUGCAGUGUGUGUGAAGUGUGCGUAUAUAUGCAAUGCAGUGUGUUUGUAUAGUGUGUGUAUAUAAUGAAUACAGUGUGUGUAUAUAAUGUAUAUAAUGCAGUGUGUGUGUGUGUUUCUGAAGGGAUGUGAUUUGUGUAAAAUGGGGGGAGAAAGGCAUUUUUUAUUUUGAAUAUUUGUCUUUUAAAAAAAUAUAUUUUAAUGUUUUAUUUUAUUGUUCCCCCUCCCUGCACCAUCCGUUUUUCAUCCCGAAUGGCAUUACCUUAAGCUGGUACAGGCCAAAGGGGGGGACGAAGGCGGACUUGGGGAAAGCAUUCACUGCCAGCGGGAUCUGCCAAUAUCCCUUGCAUAGGUCAAUGGUGGUUAGGUAUCGGCCUUGAGCCAUUCUAUCAAGCAGCUCAUCUAUGCGGUGCAUUGGUUAGGCAUCGGAGACCGUCUUGUCGUUGAGCCUCCUGUCUUUCUUCGGGACUAUGAAUACUGGGGAGGCCCAAGUCCUCGUGGACGGUUUGAUGACCCCUAGCUGGAGCCUCACCGGAAUCUCCUGUAUUAUGCUCCCCCACACAGCCUCCGGCACUCAGUAUGGGGUCUUUCGUAGAGGCUCUUGGUCGGGUGUCUCCACUCUAUGGGUGGACAGGGGGGGUAUACCCUGGCAGGUUGGAGAAGGUCGUUUGCUUGGCGAACAUCUGUUUUGCCAUAAUCUUCCGGGGCUGGCACGCAAAUGGUGACGACAUCCUCUGUCCGCUCGUGAUAGGGCUUAAGCAUGUUCACAUGAAACAGGCGUCACAUUCCGGUAGCAGAGCAUGGGCCGAUCACAUAGGUAGUGUCCUCUUUCUGUUCCACUACCCAGUAUGAGUCCUGCCAGGCAGCCUGUAGCCUGUCAUGUCGGAUGGGUUUCAGCACCAAAACCUUCUGUCCGACCUGAAAGCUACGGCUCCUGGAACCCCGAUCAUACCAUGCACUGGUGCCUCUGGGCCGUCUGGAGCUUCCCUCGUACCAGAUAGGUGAGUUCCUCCAGCUGGUCCCUAAAACUCCUGCACAUAUGGAACGAUGUGGGUUCCUUCCUCUUCCCAGUGCUCUGGCACUAGAUCUAAGGUUCCCCUCACUCUCCGCCCAAACAUUAGUUUGAACGGGGAUAGAACCCAGUCGAUUCCUGCAGCACCUCCCGAUAAGCGAACAGGAGAUGGGUCAGGAAUUUCUCUCAAUCCUUGUGAGUCGCCGCAAAGGUACAGAGCAUUAGCUUCACCUUACCGUUCAAUCGCUCACACAGGUCAUUGGUCUGGGGAUGAUAAGGGGAGCUCAGGAUUGGUUUAAUGCCACACAACACAAUUGGUGGGUCAUUUAGGCAGUAAACUGGGUGCCCUGGUCCAAGAAAAUCUCCCAAGGAAACCCCAUCCGGGAGAACACUCCCAUCAGGGCAUCAGCCACAGUCUCUGCCCGAAUAUUGCUCAGGGCGACUGCCUCGAGUUGUGUAGUUCACGAUGGUCAGAAUGUACUUCUUCCCUAAUGGACUAGGCUUGGCUAGGGGACCUAUGAUAUUGACAGCUACUUUGCUGAACAAUUCUUUGAUAAUGGGUAGGGGAUAGAGGGGGGCCCUGUGCCGGUCCCCCCACUUCCCCACUCUCUGGAAGACAUCGCAGGUCUGGCAGUACUGCCGCAGAUCCUUGGAGAUUUUCCUGGGAGAUGCUUGCCCAGAAGAAGCUUUGGAUGAGCCGAGAUGCUGUCCGGCUCCUGUCCAAAUGCCCUGCCAAGGGGCUAUCGUGAGCUAGCUUCAGAAGCUCAUAGCGAUACUUCUUGUGCGCCACCUGCUGCUUGGUGUUAGAAGGGGGUGUAGCUGAUUCCUUGGUUACAUGUGAUGUAAUUGUAACUUCAUAUACUUUGAUAGAGUAUAUCCACGGAAGAGUCUCCCUAGUCCUCCAUUCAGUUUAACAGUAAGCCCGCCCACAUGCCUCUAUGUCUGUGAGAAAAGUGAGCACUCGAGGAACAAUACAAAACCACAAAACACCCCAAAAUGCAUAAAAGUUUGAUGGGAACCACCACAAGUAUUAUAUCCCCGGUUUUGAGCGCCCAAGUUGUGCAUAUAUCGCUCAAAUCCAUGUAAUAUAGCCGCAUCGCCACCAAGGAAAGGAGAUGGUGGCCAAUCCACUGUGUGGUGUUCCUGUAUCAACAUAAACUAAGUCUCCCUCUGGCUCAUACAUAGUGAAUGGUCCUCUUGUGCGGGAGGGUCUUUUCUCUGAAAAGUGCUCUCCUUGCCUGUCUGGGAACUGACCAGGCAACAGUAUGAUUUUUCCCGGUGUUCGUGAGGCAUUGUGUCAUUUUACAUUUUGCCAAGUUAAUAAAAGUAAGUGUGUAGAAGCGUUUUGAGCAAGCAGCAGAGGCAACCGGUCGCACAAUUCUGGAGCUCCGUAAUGCAAACGGAGAAAUCAAACCUAAUCCCAAACAAAAUUACCCCUACUAUAACCAGACCCCACGCAGGAACCCCGCAGGCUCCAUGGGUCGCAAAAAUAAGAAAAGAUUGCCGGAUAAUACAGGCCCUGGGCUCACAAUUGGAGAAAUGUGGAGGCAAGCAUGCGGCCCGAGUGAAGCCAAUAUGGCGGCGCUCCACGGGGGCUGCACGGAUUUCUCUGAUGAAUACUCAGAGGAAGCGGACGAAGACUACCCCCAAACACCAGCCCCAAAAGGGAAACCUACACCGGGCAAACCAAGGUCAGACCCCGAUGCAGACCUAGUCACCACCGGAGUACUGAAAGCCUUACUGGCUGACCUGCAGAAAAAUAUCCGCACUGAGAGGAGAGCUGCAGGGCCUGACAGGCCGGAUUACCGAGCUGGAAGACUCCUCUCAAAACCACCAGCGCAGCAUCACCGCACUGCAAGACAAAGUGCAAGAGCUGCACAGCAAACACACACUACUUGAACGGCGCCUGGAUACCCAAGAAGACACGAGAAGGAGACACAAUAUUAAGGUCAGGGGGAUCCCGGAGGGACCACCAGAGGCAGAUCUCCCACACACGAUCCAAAACCUCUUGGCCGCCAUAUUCCCCCCGGGUCAACACGCGUCCAUCAAACCCACAGACCUUUACAGGAUCCCAAAGCCUACUGGGGCCCCAGUGGCAACCACAAGGGACACAAUCCUGACCUUUAAGAAUGGUAGGGACAAGGCAAUGGUCCUCAACGCUCUCCGAGGUAAAACUCCCUUGAAAUUUGAGAACGCAACACUCACCUUCUAUAACGAUCUGUCGAGGGGAACCUUGGCAUGGCGCAGAUCGCUCCGACCCCUCACCGCCACACUUCAGCACCGAAAGAUCCCGUACCGCUGGAGGUCCCCUCACAUACUAACCGUGCAAAGGGGCGAGACCACCUACCAAAUUCAUGACCCACAAGACGCAACAGAGCUACUACUGGCCUUAGGCCUAACCUGGGACUCACUCCUCCAAACGGGCCUCCAGGGCCCCUUCACUCCGAAUUCCAACUGGGACCCGGCGAACAGCGUACCAUUUGUGCCUCGAAAUCCUACACCAGUCACCUAUGCUGCGGUCACCACCUAAGUGGAGCAGAGGCGCCUGCCAGCACCUGGCCACAGUGGAUUACCGUACAGGACAAGGAUCAAAUCUAGAAUAUUAAUUAAAUGACUUCGAGAACUUACUGCGGACUCUGGGACUGCCACAUGAACAUCUCACCCAGGCGGAGCUAACCAACGAUACUCCUUCAACCCAUACCUGGUCACUGGGCACACCGUUCAUUCCACGAGACUCCACGCCGAUUACUUAUGCGGCGGUCACCUCCUAGGAGAGAUACCACACAAGUCCCCGGGGAACCUGACACAACGCCAGACACUGGGAAGAUAAUAAAUACGAAAUAGCCGGGACUAUUCACAGUACCCCACAGCUGCCCAACAAACCAUCCGACCAACCUCAACAGUAACACAGACGGCUAACGCUGACCCCAUGAUACCGAGGGCUACAGCUUUCUCCUAUUCCUGACCACUACAGACUCUACAGGGCCCAACGUACAGAAACAACACGGGGACUAUAUUGCUCUGGGACACCUGUACCCAUCUUCUCCAGAGCAUUGUACGCUCUAUAUCUACUGCCAGCCUCCCACAAGAGACCCACUCACCAGAAACAUCACCACUCAAUUCUCACUACACUGGUUUCCUUAAUCCUGAUGCAACAGCUUAAAAUCAACAUACUGGUGAUAUAAUGUAAACAUGAUUUCAACUUGUAUAUCUAAUUAUGACAAACUACCUAGCCCUUCCAGUGGACACUGGUGUCUAGAUAUCCCAUAAUCAGUGAUAACCUAAGGCAGUCUGUAACCAUUCAUGUUCAACCUGUUUGCAGUUAAUAUGUUUAUGUGCAACACGCGAGUCAAACACCUCUUAAAAAGUGCAAAGUUAAAAAUGGCCUCCUGCUGGUUAAAUUUUACUUUUCCUCUGAAAGUGUGUUUCCUUAAUGCCCUCAUUGUUAUUAGAUCUAAAAUUAAUCAGUCCUAAGCCUUAACUAUGGGACCCUCCAGGGACGAUAUGGCUCUGCCAAGCCGAGGCACUGGCUGACAGUGCCGUGUGCCCUCGAGCGAGGUACCCAUGUCCCCCUCAGGACUUACAGCCAUACCCAGCUUGCCGGUACCAAACCAGGCAAUAUUAACAUACAUAUGUCAAAGUUAAUUCUAAGCUUGACUGAAUCUCAGCAGAUUACAUUUACUCAUCUAUUUAGUUACCCUCAGUGAUUUAACCAGAGCUAAUCUACUAAUUAAUCUUUAUUGUGUUUUAACCAGUUCGCAUAUAUCAGAACCUCGUACAAAUUACUCACAGCAAGCGUACCUCACCAUGGGUACCUACAGUAUAAAUGUCAUUAAUAGACUAAAAACGUUUUAACUAAACUUGUUAACCUGUUUCCUAUAUAUAAUCCUAGCCUUAAUAUUUAAUGUUGCUGUCCUAGCUUGAAAACAUAACUGUUAACCCACUCAACAUAUUCCUCAACCCUGUGGGUACCCAGGAAUGUUAUAAUAAUGCCUAGAAAGAAAUGAAACGUAUUGUUGAACCCAAAACUAUAUUGAUCAUAGCUUGUUUUCUCUACCAUUACAUAGGUUAUUUUAAUCUUAUGUUAUCUCAUUUUAUGUUGCUCUCAUUAUUAUUGAUGCCUUCUCAGUUUAACACCUGUUUAUUAAUAAUAUAAAACUGUGCAGACUAUCUAUUUGCCAUGUUUGACAAUGUAAGAUUCUAUUAAGCUUGUGACUGCUGAUGUGGCAACACGGGCUUGUUUGAUAUCACUUGCACAAUAUAAAUAAAGAAUUUAAAAGUAAGUGUGUAUACGCAGUUUUAAGAUUAUAAUGGGAAUUGAAGCAUACAAAUAUUUUCUCAUUUUUAAGGUAUUACUUAAUCGCCAUAAUGUUUCAUUGUCAUAUUUCUGAUGUUUCACGAAAAAAGUAUGGUAAACAAUAAAUCAUUUAUAGACAGAUUUUCUGUAACUCCCAGUACAUUUUGUUUCAGAUAUUUCCAGCAGCAGAAGUUUUUCUAAAGGACAGGACACCAACAGAAAUAUACUAAGCAAGAUUAUGAAGACAUCUUUUAAUAAAAGGACCAAGGAUUCUAACUCUCCAACCUCAAGCAAUCUCUCAGAAUCUUAUAUGUCUACAAAGGAGAUAGUAAACAUGAACACAAAACCUUUAUCAUGUUCUGUAUGCGGAAAAUGUUUUCGCUGGCAGUCAGAAAUUGUAAUACAUCAUAGAACUCACACAGGAGAGAAACCGUUUGCAUGUUCUGUAUGUGGUAAAUGUUUUAGCUGUAACUCAGCUCUAGUUGCACACCAGAAAUCUCACACAGGUGAGAAACCUUUAUCAUGUUCUGUAUGCGGAAAAUGUUUUCGCUGGCAGUCAGAAAUUGUAAUACAUCAGAGAACUCACACAGGUGAGAAACCGUUUGCAUGUUCUGAAUGUGGGAAAUGUUUUAGCUGUAACUCGGCUCUAGUUGUACACCAGAGAACUCACACAGGAGAGAAACCUUUCUCAUGUUCUGAAUGUGGCAAAUGUUUCAGCAAUAGCUCAGCUUUAGUUGCACACCAGAGAAUUCACACAGGAGAGAAACCUUUCUCAUGUUCUGAAUGUGGGAAAUGUUUUAGCGAUCGCUCAGUUCUAGUUCAACACCAGAGAACUCACACAGGAGAGAAACCUUUCUCAUGUUCUGAAUGUGGGAAAUGUUUCAGCAAUAGCUCAGCUCUAGUUGUACACCAAAGAAUUCACACAGGAGAGAAACCUUUCUCAUGUCCUGAAUGUCGGAAAUGUUUUAGUGAUAGCUCAGUUCUAGUUCAACACCAGAGAACUCACACAGGAGAGAAACCUUUCUCAUGUUCUGAAUGUGGAAAAUGUUUUAAGAGGCAUUCAACUCUAGUAGCACACCAGAGAACUCACACAGGAGAGAAACCUUUUUCAUGUGCUGAAUGUGAGAAAUGUUUUACCCAGUACUCUCAGCUUGUUAAACAUCAAUUAUCUCACACCGGAGAGAAAUCUCUCUCAUGUUUUGAAUGUGGGAAAUGUUUUAGCUGUAACUCAGCUCUAGUUGUACACCAGAGAACUCACACAGGAGAGAAACCUUUCUCAUGUGCUGAAUGUGGGAAAUGUUUUAGCUGUAACUCAACUCUAGUUGUACACCAGAGAACUCACACAGGAGAGAAACCUUUCUCAUGUGUUGAAUGUGGGAAAUGUUUCAGCAAUAGCUCAGCUCUAGUUGUACACCAGAGAACUCACACAGGAGAGAAACCUUUCUCAUGUGCUGAAUGUGGGAAAUGUUUUAGCAGUAACUCUACUCUAGUUGUACACCAGAGAACUCACACAGGAGAGAAACCUUUCUCAUGUGCUGAAUGUGGGAAAUGUUUCAACAAUAGCUCAGCUCUAGUUGUACACCAGAGAACUCACACAGGAGAGAAACCUUUCUCAUGUGCUGAAUGUGAGAAAUGUUUUAGCUGUAACUCUUCUCUAGUUGUACACCAGAGAACUCACACAGGAGAGAAACCUUUCUCAUGUGCUGAAUGUGAGAAAUGUUUUAGCCAGUACUCUCAGCUUGUUAAACAUCAAUUAUCUCACACAGGAGAGAAACAUCUCGCAUGUACAGAAUGGAGAAAUAGUUUUGUCAGUAAACCAGAGUUUGUUAAGCAUCAGAUAACUCACACGGUAGAGUUGUUAUAAUGUGUUUAUGAAUUAACAUCAGAAUUAAACAACUAAUACUGUGAAUUGCUUUAUUGCUGACACAAGAAAAAAUACCUGUGAUAGUAGCAAUGUAUAAAUGAUGCAUUGGUAUUGCGAUUGUGUUAACUCUACAGAGCCCCUCUUUACUUUCCUCCCCUUUGAUAUUAAUGUUAAAUUUGAAAAUGUGCCUUCCAUGCACAACUUUUGUUUUCUUUAAUGUUUGUUUAUUUUUGGUUAGUGUGAGUUAUUGCACAUAUUGAAUCUGAAUGUUAAAAAUAUUUUGCCCGUAAAGGAGUGCUUGUUAUACAUCAAGUAAUUCACACAGGAGAGAAACCUUUCUCUUUUUCUGAAUGUGGGAAAUGUUUUAGUCUGCAUGUACACCUUGUUAGUCAUCAGUGAACUCACACAAGAGAGAAAUUGUGUGAUGUUUUGAUUGUUCCAAAUGUCAUAGUCAACUCUAGUAAUAUAUGAGGAAUCUAUGUAUUAAUUUGGGAAUAAAAUAUAUUUUACUGUGAAUGUGAGACAUUCUAAAAUCGUAAUUCAAAGUUUGCUUACGUUUCAGCACCUCAAGCCUUUCUCAUACUAACACUAUAAAUAAUAACUGUAACAGUAGCAGUCAAUGUACAAAUUAUGUAUUGGUAUUGUGAUAAAUUGUAAGCAUCCCCUGUUAACUGAAUGAAAAUGCGCAAAUUGACAUACUGCUGACAUGUAAUUUAGUGUAACUAUAUCUAUCUAUAUAUGCACUUUAAUGUGUUUUAAAGAAC